UCAAACAAAUCUCAACCUAUGGACUUGCAAAUUAAUAAAGACUUCGUAAUGAGUAUAUUUUGGGCAUUUUACUGAAUAGUUUGCUAGUGUAGUUCCCUAGUAGACUAGGAUUUCCUCGUCGUGACUUUUAUUAUUGAGGAAGCUACAGGUUCACGAGCUGUCAUAUUACUGCCAUAAAGUGUAGUACAGAGUGAAUUCAACUCUCGGGAGCCUACGUCAAACUGAUGGUCACGGCCAGCAUGCCACCACCACAUAGCAGAGGAAAAGAUGAUCUUACCGUGUUUUAUUUUUAAAAUCUUUAAACUAUACUGAGUUUUGCAACAAAUAAAUAGAGUAUUUGUAAAUUGCUUUUUUUUAAUACCAUCGGUUUACGUAAACGGUUGUGUGUUUUGGUUCGGCAUAUGACAACCGCAGUAUGCUCGACUCAUCUCUCAACUCUAGGCUGCGGAGGAAAGGCUGCACCUUGGUUGUAGUUUUAGGUGUUAUUAAUCUCUUAGUGGCUUUAUUUUAUUUCAUGGGUUACUCGAAUGGGUUCUCACCAAACCAACAUAUACAGACACAAACGCGAAUUGAAACUGAUUUUAUUACCGUGACACUUCCACCGGAAGAUAUUGGACAUCACGACCUUAAUAACAGCUUUGUAACAUUGCAAACUCCGAAGCUUCACGAUAUACAUUUACCCAAUACAACUACUACAACAACUAAUAACACUACUACUACUACUACUACUACUACUACUACAACUUCGUGGAAAAAGUUAGAAAAAUGUCCUGAUCCGUCUCCACAUCUUGUUGGGCCUCUCAGGGUUGAGUUCUCUACGCCUGUCAGCUUGGAUACAGUGAGGAAGGAGAACCCAGGCCUGCAGGAAGGAGGUCGCUACAAACCACAUGACUGUGUCGCCCUCCAAAAGGUUGCUCUCAUCAUCCCCUUCCGCCUUCGUGACGAGCACCUCAAGUUCUGGCUCUACUACCUCCAUCCCAUCCUUCAGCGCCAACAGCUGGACUAUGGCGUCUACGUCAUCAAUCAGCACUGCAUGUCUGCAACCAAUCACAUCUCAGCUAAAGUAUGGUUGGGUUCUUCCAAUGCUCGGUGGCUUUCUUCUCUUUCUGCUUUCUUCUUUUGAGGAUGGAGACAACACGUUCAACAGGGCCAAGCUGAUGAACAUUGGCUAUGCUGAGGCCCUGAAGGAGUAUGACUACGACUGCUUUGUGUUCAGUGACGUGGACCUCAUCCCCAUGGAUGACCGCAACACCUACAAAUGCUUCCGCCAGCCCAGACACCUGUCCGUCUCCAUGGACAAGUUUGGCUUCAAGUUGCCCUAUAACCAGUACUUUGGCGGUGUCUCAGCGUUAAGUAAGGAGCAGUUCCUGGAAAUCAACGGCUUUCCCAACAACUACUGGGGCUGGGGUGGUGAAGAUGAUGACAUUUUCAACAGGGUGAGCUCUAGAGGAAUGUCCAUCUCUCGUCCAGAUAGCGAGGUUGGAAAAUGCCGGAUGAUCCGUCACGAAAGAGACAAACAGAACGACCCAAAUCCUCAGAGGUUUGACAGAAUACAACGCACAAGACUGACAAUGAAUACCGAUGGUAUAAACUCUCUCAAGUACGAAGUCGUCAAAGUGGAAAAGGAUCCUCUGUUCACGAAAAUCACAGUAGAUGUGGGGAAACCUUAGUGAAAGUGGAUAAAUGUGAGGAGUUAUUUUGCACAACACUUAUCACACGGUGGUGGGCAGAGAAAGCACGGCGGAACCAUGGAAUACAAUACCGAGAAUACUCUGAAUUCUCCGGGAACACGGGCAUAAAUUGUGGAAACAAAUGGACAGCACUUGGAUGAAUGGGAUGGCACAACAAGACCUCAUAAAUAUCAGAGUGGAUCAAAAUGUUUGGUCAACGUGUUUGACUUCUAAUGGCAGUACAAAGGGGGGCGUGGGACGAAUAAGUUAUUUUGUACAUCAUUUGUAAUGAGUUGCCUUUGUGUAAUUCAGUAAGGGACAACUGCUUGAUUUAAAUGCGUAUAUCAGUUUAAUAAAUAUGUAUAUAGUUAAUACAAAUUUGAUACAUUUGUUUCUUCUUGCAUUUUUGGCAGAGAUAUUUGAGAUGAUUAUGGUUUAAUAUAUUUUGCAGAAAUGUUUCCCAUGUUUGAAACUGUGUGAAAGGUCUUAAUCCCGAUCUACAGCAACUGUUGGUUUGGUUACUUAUACAUGUUUCCCAAAACAUCAGUUGAUACACACUUGUUUGCUGUAUUCUGUCCAUUCACUACCUGUGACAUGAUCACUUCCAUGCUUCUUUACAUUCAAAACCUAUUCAGUACCUGUUACAUGAACGAUCACUUCCUUGCUUCUUUACAUUCAAAACCUAUUCAGUACCUGUUACAUGAAUGAUCACUUCCUUGUUUAUGCCCUGAGGAUACAAAUCAGCCAGGAACAAACAUACGACCUACCAUCUCGCUGGUGUAGUACGUAGGUAUGGUCAGUCUCAGUCCCCACCCACUUGGCUUAUCUUAAAUGUGUGGAAAUACAGGUGUGGUGGACCCAACCUGUCACUGUGUUUCAUGUGACUGAAAGUAAAAGCCUAAUGUCUGGUGUUCAGCCAUUGGAAUAGAACAGGGAGAAGUUAUUAAAUAAAAUAAAACGUUUUACAUUUGAAUUA